AUGCCCUUACUUGAUUACCGCUCGAAAGUUUCAUAUGGCACAAUCAGUCAAAUGGAUCAAUACAACGACGAGGAAGGAGAACAUCUUCUCCAAGCAGGAUAUGAGGCAGGCAGGCAUGACAGCGAUGUAGAGUCCUCGGGGGAUUCUAUACAGGAGGGUGUCAGGAAGAUUGAAGCAAUCAACCUGACUUGGACCACACGGUCUUUGAUCAUAGCAUAUAUCAGCAUAUUCCUCAUGGCAUUUUGUACGUCCCUUGAGGGUCAAACCGUAAUGUCCCUUUCGGCAUAUGCUACAAGCGCUUUCAGCAAACAUUCGUUGAUCUCAACUGUUCUUGUUGUUCAGAAUGUCGUUAAUGCUGUCAUUAAGCCACCCAUGGCAAAAGUCGCUGAUGUUUUCGGCCGUUUCGAGGCCUUCUGCGUCAGUAUAUUGAUAUACGUUCUUGGAUACGUCCAAAUGGCUGCGUCGACCAAUGUUCAGACAUACGCCUCAGCCCAAAUCUUUUACUCCGCCGGUUCAACUGGCUUGCAAAUAUUGCAACAGGUCUUCAUCGCCGACAGCAGUAGCCUCCUCAACCGUGCACUUCUUGCACUUCUACCGGAGCUACCCUUUUUAGUGACUGUCUGGAUCGGGCCGACGAUUGCAAACGCGGUGCUUGAGCAUACCUCAUGGCGCUGGGGCUACGGCAUGUGGUCAAUCAUUCUGCCCGCUUCGUUUCUUCCUUUGGCACUCUCACUCUUGUUGAACCAGCGCAAGGCCAAGAGGCUGAACCUCAUUAAGCCCAGGAGCGCUCACCGUCGUGGAUUCAUUGCCGCUGUUCGCCACACUUGGUAUGAUCUUGACAUGUUCGGCUUGAUUCUGCUGUCCGCGGCAGUGACCUUGAUUUUGGUUCCCUUGACUCUGGCGGCCAAUUCCAAGAACGGGUGGAAGAAUAACAGCAUCAUCGCCAUGAUCAUAGUUGGUAUAGUCUGCCUUUGCGCUUUACCUGCUUGGGAAAGCUCGAAGAAGUUGGCUCCCAAGCCCUUGCUUUCCUUGCACCUCCUCAAACAGCGUACUGCUCUGGCAGGUUGUACUCUGGCUUUCUUCUACUUCAUGGCAUUCUAUUUUUCUGUUCAGCCGUACCUCUACUCUUAUCUCCAGGUUGUCCAGGACUACGAUGUAGCAACAGCGGGUCGUGUGACCCAAACGUUCGCUUUCACAUCCACUAUUGCCGCCUUUGGAGUUUCGAUCCUGAUCAAAUAUACACGGCGUUACCGCGUCUACGUCACGAUUGGCUGCGUGAUAUACAUUUCUGGGAUAUUCCUAAUGUUGACCUACCGGAGAGAGGGGAGCUCACCAGCUUUGAUUUUGGGGACCCAGGUGAUAGUCGGUGCAGGCGGUGGGCUCCUCAAUGUACCUGUCCAAUUGGGAGUUCAGGCCUCCGCCAGCCACCAGGACGUUGCAGCCGCCACGGCAAUGUUCCUUACCUCCAUGGAAAUGGGCGGUGCCGUAGGAGCCGCCAUUUCGGGCGCCAUCUGGACACAUCACAUUCCACGCAAACUACAACAGUACCUUCCCGACGAGGCCAAGGCGGAUGUUAGUGAGAUAUUUGGAAAGUUGACCAAAGCACUUUCUUACCCUGUGGGCUCGCCCGCGCGGGUGGCCAUCAAUCGAGCCUAUCAGGAAACCAUGAACAAACUCUUGGUUCUGGCACUGAUUGCGACCAUCCCAUUGAUCCCCCUGAGCCUUCUCAUGUCCAAUUAUCAGCUCGACAAGAUGGGCGAAACCCCAACUCAUGAGCCCAUUCCUGCAGAAGCAGAAGCGGAUGAGCCUGAAUCUGAGGCACACUCAAAACGAUCUGAGCGUUAA